UUUUGAACUAACGCCUGUAACUUUAAAGUUAUAAAGGAAUAACUUUAAAGGAAUCUUUAUGUUAUGUUCUUAGAUUAGUUAAUCAUUAGUUAGAGUUAGAAGUUAAGUUAGAUCUAGGACAAGAGUUUUGACUAGAGAGAGCAAGUUCUCGUUCCACACUACUUAUGACACACGCUACUUAGAGAUCUGGGCUCCAAAACUACCAGAGAUGCCCUGCCCAAAGUGACUAAAUCUAAAUAGUCUAAAACCUAGUAGACCUAAAACUAAACAAUUAAAAAAAUAUGAGUGGAAUUUGGAAACCAGCAAGACAUAAAUAUGGUGUUGUCACCAGCAAUUUUGUAGCUAACACAAUCAAUCAGGCAUUACAACUAUACAUAGGUGAGACUGUUCAUGUUCUGGAAGAAUAUUGGCCAGAUCCCAAAACAGACAAAGUCACCUGGCUCAGAGGAUGUACUAUCAGUAACAAAAACAAAAAGGGAAUAUUUCCAUGUUGUUACAUAGCCUUCAAGGAGUGUACAGUUGAGAAUGAAGGACCUUUUGAAACGGUAACACCUGUAGAGGAUGCUGUCAUCACAGAAAUAAUCUUUGUUCUUAGAGAAUGGAAUACACGAUGGAAAAUGUUAUUUGUGGAGCGGAAGCAGCUAUUUCAAACAAUACUUUUAGUCAUGGGGGAAUUAGCCAAAUAUCGAACCCAACUCGCCUCAUCUACACUCACCAGAGAAAAAGCUUUGGAACAAAAACAUUCCGCUAUUAUAAUGAUGGACUGGGGCAACAGCCAACUGGGCCUGGAUUUGGUCCCAAGAGUGGAAUACCAACAAGCAGAUCCAGACCAACUUAGUGUGGUAGAAAUGUUCAGAAUACAUGAACAGAGUGUUCACAAUUGUCAGGGAGCUUGGCCCAAUGGUAUGAUGAAAGUUAUUCCAAGAGACAACCAGAAUGAAAAAAUGUUUCACCUGCUCAUAACUUUGUGUAAUCUGGGUUGUGAUAUUGGGGACAAUGCCGAAGUUUACCUUUCCUUAUACGACAACACCUCCGGCAAUUUUAUCAGUGAAAGAUUUGUCAUGCAUUUUAUCAAGACUAAACAGACUGAAGCCAGUGAUAAAAGUUUAAGUACUAUAUUUACAGAUUUAGUUGCUGAUGACCUACGUCGUGAUAUUUACUUGGUUGUCCAGAUUUUCAGAAAAGGUCGUUUAAACUCUGAAGGCAGCUUCAAGAAAUUACCAGUCUUUCAGUAUCGAAGACCCUGGGGGAUAUCAGUUUUGUGUUUGAAAGAUUUGUUCCAGAUCCAACCAGAAGCAGAACUUGAAUAUUUCCUAAGUGUUCACUGUGUUGACAAUGAAAAUUUUUUCAAUAUGCAUGAAUCAUUAAUCAGAAGGCAAGUGCAGUUGCUGGGAAAGUCCUUGAUAGAUAAACAGAACCAGGGCAUUACUUUGUCAGUGAAAAUAUUACAUGGUGACAUGAAGAAUGUGAAAAUAGACAACCCAAUGCUGUUCAAUAAACCUUCAGUUGUGUUAACUCAAAGGAUGGGAUUUUCAGAAUUUAUCAAUCCUGGUGAAGUUAGAAAUGAUCUUUAUUUAACUUUGAUUGGUGCAGACUUUGACAGAGGAUCAAAAACUGCUUCCAAAAACAUUGAAGCUCGAGUCACUGUCAAUAAUCAUAAUUAUGAAAUCAUUAAGGACUGCAUUCUUUCUGCUUCUGGUGACCAGAUGUCUUCUACUUUUUUUUCCUAUGUGUUGUAUCAUAGCAAUACACCAAAGUGGCAAGAAACUAUUCGGUUAUCCAUUCCAAUAGAGAAAUUCAAUGUAGCACAUAUAAGAAUUGAACUUUGUCAUUGCUCCAAUCGAGAUAAAGCUGAGAAAAAGAUGUACGGCUUUGCCUUUUUAUCGUUAACUAAACAAGGUAACAUAGCUCAAGAGGACGGUAAAUAUGAUCUACGUAUCUACAAGUGUGAUGAUUCCAGCAAAGUGAAAAAUUAUCUUCGCCUGUCCUAUCUGAGGGAUGAGAGUGAAGAUUUCAAAAAAUCAUCCAAUGAACACAGUCCCUACCAGCAAUCAUCAAGAGAGUUUUUAAGCAUUAGAACAUUGCUUUGCUCUACAAAAUUUGCUCAAAAAACUGAACUGUUGAAUGUUUUACAAUGGAGAUCAAAUCCUAGUAAAAUUCUGUAUCAUUUAGAUAGUUUAAUCAAACUGAAAGGUCAAGAAUUAGUUCGGUAUCUUCAAGAUGUUCUGGAUGCUCUGUUUGACAUGUUUACAGCUGGUGAGAAGGAACAAGUUCCAUUUGCAAUGGAGAUUUUUCAAACUUUGGUUCAUAUCUUUAAUUUACUCCAUGAAGACAAGUUCAAAAAAUUUAGUGAUGUCUUAGAAGAGUAUUUGCAAAAGUCAUUUUCAUCUCCACUUGCACACAGAGAUUUGAUGUUAUGUCUGAAGAAGCAAGCAGAGAGAAUCUACACAUGUUCAGAUUUUGAUGAAAGUAAUAGCAGAAAAGUUUUUAAGGUCAUAGGAGAUAUUUUUAAGUUUGCAGUUCAGUCAUGUAUUAUAUCCAAAAGGAUUAAUGCCGAUCAGCCAGUGCAGGAAUUCAAGAGAAAUCUCAACUUGGUCUUUGAUACAUUAGGCAAUGUUCUGAAGUCAACGGAGGUUGUUCUCCAUAAAGCUCAGGCCUACAUUUUAAGCAAUCUCCACAAGUGUUUUAUACCUCUGCUGCAUGUUGAAUCUCUGAUGGAACUCGCACAAAUUGUCAAAUUUCUUUUGAGUCGUGUUAAUGUUGAGCCUGGCAGCAAAGUGACUAAAGCCAAGACUAGUCUGGUGAAACAUGUCAUAAAUUCUCCACUUUUUCAGGAUGCAGCUUCAAGAAGUAUGCUAUUACCACUGUGCCUAGCUCACAUCAGAAAAUGUCUUGUGAAUAAAAAAAAUCUUGACUUGACAGCUAACACACUGGGUGAUUUGUUGAGUUCUGCAUUCAAACUUAGAGUUACAUGCAAUAUUUCUGAAGAAGUUACACAGAUCAUUCAAAGUGUUUUUGAUGCUACUGUCAGAAUUUUGAAGAAACUUGAAAAAGAAGAAAGAAAAAUAGCUGGUAGUCUUCUUGUGGCCUGCUUUACGGAAAUGCUACGCCUAAUGGAUGUAGGCCAUUAUCAGAAACUGCUGGGAGAUUUCCAAAACGCAACAAAGUCAAAGGUUCGUCUCUCUACACUAGCCAUUAAUCAUAUAUCCAAUCCAGCAGUGCCUAAGAAUUUCUUGAACAGGGUACUGUUAGUGUUUAAAGAUCUGAUUACGACCAGUGAUUAUCCUGCUGAUUGGACCACAAUGAGAUUGGUCACUAACAAUGUGAUGUUGACCUCCAUACAAUACAUUUCAGAAGAUUUGGCAACAAACUUUCUGAAUGGACCAGAUUUUGACAAAGAGCUGUGGUACAAUUUUUUUAUCCUGGCUGUUUACUUUAUUACACAACCAGAGCUUCAGCUGGAGAAAUAUUCAGAGGCUAAAAGCUCUAUGAUCAAAGACAAGUACCAAGACAUGAGGGUGCCAUUUGGUGUCCUUAUCAAUUCCCUUUGGAACCAACUUGGUCCAAAUAAGCAACAGCUGAUCAUAGAAAUGAUUGGUCCAUUUCUAAAAGUCACAAUGGUUCGACAAACUGAUUUACGAAAGGCUACAAUCCCUAUUUUCUUUGACAUCAUUAAGUGUGAAUUCUCUUUAAAAGGAGAUUUAAGAAGGGUGGAAAGUAAAAUGAUUCAUGAAUUGGAUUCACUAGUGAUAGAACACAAUGGAGAUGUGGAGUAUAAAGAAAUGUUUACAUCAAUAUUGCUGGAUAAAGUUCAGGCAGAACCAGAACUUAAGGAUGAGGGAGAGAGGUUCGUCUUCUCUGUCACAGACCUAUUGAAUCGGCUGCUGGACUAUAGAGACAUAAUGGACAGAGAAGAGCAAAGAGACACAAAAAUGCAUUGUACAUUUAAUAUCCUGAACUUUUACAAAGGAAAUCGCAUAGAUAUGUAUAUACGUUACAUUUUGAGACUCUUUGAUCUGCACUACAACGCCAACAACUUUGUUGAAGCAGGUCUUACUUUAAAACUCUAUGCCAAGCUGUUGACAUGGUCUACGGACCCACUUCCUCCUGAGAUGUCUUACCCUAGUGCCACAGAAGCUGAAAGGAAAGAAGAGCUUUAUACAAAGAUUAUAGCUUGCUUUGAUAGGGGCAAGGCUUGGGAGUAUGGUUUACCUCUUUGUAAAGAGUUGACAGAAUAUUAUGAAACAAGCUUUCAAUACAACAAGUUAGCUGAUAUUUUGAAAAAACAAGCCACAUUUUACCAAAACAUUCUCGGAGGCAAUCAGCUACGGCAAGAUCCAAUCUAUUACAGGGUGGCUUACUAUGGCAACACUUUCCCUCUAUAUUUAAAAAACAAAGCUUUUAUCUAUCGAGGGGAUGAGUGCUUAAGACUAGCAACUAUCAUGAAUCAAUUGACCACUGAGUAUCCACUGGCUCAAAUACUGACCAGUAAUUCACCAGUGGAUGAGAGCUGCAAGACAGGUGAUGGGCAAUACAUUCAGCUAGUCAGUGUUAAACCUGUGCCUGUUCAAAGGUUAGAAUUUAUCAACAAGGAAGUGCCAACUGAAAUAUCCUCAUUCUAUAACAGCAACGAAGUGGACACUUUCCAGUUUGAUCGACCUUACCACAGGGAUGAUAAAGACAAGAAUAAUGAAUUCAAGAGCCUGUGUCUUGAGAGAACUGUCAUGAAGAGUUCAUACCCUUUGCCAGGAAUUCUUCGCUGGUAUGAGGUUGUUAAAACUGAGACUCUUCAUUUCUGCCCAGUUCAAACAGCAUACAUGACAGUACAACAGAUGAAUGAAGAGCUAAGGGUCAGUUCCGAUAAUGCGGCCAAUUGUCCUGAGCAAUAUUUGAGUCACCUGUCGAUGAGGCUUCAAGGAGUUAUAAGUGGGGCAGUCAAUGGUGGAAUACCUAAGUACCAGGAGGCCUUUUUUAACCAAGACUACCAAUUGAAAUAUCCAAAUGAGAGUGAACAUAUUGAAAAACUCAAAUUAGUGAUUCAUGAGCAGAUUCAAUUGCUAGAAAGAGGUUUGUCUAUUCAAGGCAAAUAUGCAAGUCAAGAAAUGUUACCAUUGCAUCAUAGUUUAGAGGAUAUGUUUUCGAAGAUGAAAAUGUCAAUGGGAUAUCAGACUCCUUCUAAACACAGAGGCAGUACUUUAUCCGUUUUAUCAAAUGGAUCAUCACAAAGACCUACCACACCAAGUACAGGAUCACUUAACUCUAGUAACAGAUCAUCAAUUGUGUCUAGUGGUGAAGCAAAUGAGGAUGAUGAUAAUCUUUAUUUAGACCCUUCAAACCUAUCUGCUGUGUCACCCAGUCCCAGUGAUCCCAUGAACAAGGAGACACUUGGACAAUUAGCAUCACAACAACCUCCACCUUACAUUCCAAGAAAAAAAAGUAUAUCUGCAGUUUCAGCUGAUGUAGGCAACAGCCUAACAUCUCCAUCUUCAAACAGUGGGAUGGCUAGUUUUGAUCAAAGGCCUAAAUCUAAUAAUUCUGAAGCCAGUGUACCAGAUUGUGGACCACCCUUGCCACCCCGUACUGUACAACUAACGUCAAUAUCACAUUCAGAAACUUUAAUGGCAAAGACACCACCAAUACCUAAUCGCAAGCCUUCUGUUGGUCCUCUCAUCAGUACUAAGUUUAAAUCAGAGAGCAAUUUGUCUCCAAUAUACAACAAUAGCCAGGGAUUUAAUUCUCCAGUUUCUCCAACUCAAAACUCAUCACCUUCAAAAAGACCACAUGUCUCUUUACCUGUAACUCCUAAAGAUACAAGUCCUCUAAGUCCACCAGUACCUCCUCCUAAAGAUACAAGUCCUUCAAUGCCACCAGUACUUCCUCCAAAAGACACAGUUCAUCGUAUCCCACCAGUUCCUCCACCCAAGGACACUGCCUCUUCCAACCCACCAGUACUUUCUCCAACCCAGCCAGUAUCUUCUGCAGAAUACAGUCCAAACAGACUGUCUGCCCCACCUCCUCUACCUUUAAGAAAGCCUUCCUUACAAAACAGUAAACCUUAGUUGUUUUUUUUUCUUAGACUUAGUCAAUGUCAAAAUCUGUACUGCUUUAAAAUUUAUAUUUUGUACUUAAGAAUUAUGUAUUAUAUAAAGUCACAUAUUAUGUAAAUUAGAGUUUUAAUGCAGUUACAUAUGUAUACUUUGGUGUAUACUUUAAGUAAUACAUGGAUACUUUAAUGUAAAAAAAAAAAUUAUUUGUAAUUUUUUUUUUCUGCUAAAAAAUAUCUUGAUUUGUUAUCAGCUUUCAAUAUUUGGACAGAAAGUUAACAUAGCAAGUCAAAAUGUAUUUUAAUUACCAUUAUUGUUUUUAUGUCAUUCUCAUUUGAGUUGAGAAACAAACUUUGAUGCAAUCUUCAGGAAACUGAAAGCAGUAAUGUUUUAAAACUCUUUAAAAGUGGAAACUAUGAAUUACCUUGUUUAAGGUGUAAAUUCAAAUAAUUUAUCAUCAUCCCAAUUUUCAAUGACAGAUUGAAAAAGCUGUGAUCUUAAGCAUAUUCCUCUUAUCAAGAUAUGUCUAUGUCUAUUUAUAGAUAGUUCUGGGAAGGAUUGAUUGUAUUGUUCUGAAUUGUGAUAAAAUAAAACUACUAAAAAUAGCUUUUGUUUUAGCUUUGAUAAGAAAUGGAUACGUUAAAAAUAUCUCAAUUAACUAUUUGAUUACUUUGAUCAAUAGUAGUUACAUAUAUAUGUGGCACAGUCUUUCUUUAUUUUUUCAGCAUGGUGGAAUAUUGAAACUUAACCUAAUUGUGAAAAAUAGAGUAAAAAAAAACAACAGAUUCAUACUGACAACUUUUUUAAAACAAUGGAGCCAUUACUGACAUUAUAGACAUGUUUACAUAAUCCAAUUCUUAUUGUCAUUUUUAAGAGUCACUUUGUUAUUUCAAUACCAUUAAUUAAAAUUUAACAGCUGGAGAUUUGAAUUCAAAUGGAGUUUUGAAAAAAAAAUGUUGAUUUAAAUUUUGAGAAGGAAGUACAGUGAUCCCUCUUUUCUCAUAGAUGUGUUGAAGGACCACCUGCAAAAAUCACAAAUAGAAAUGGUAUAUUUAUUUUUAGUAUUCAUGCACUAGGGUUAGUCUUUAUAAACCACACACAUAAUGUAUAAUUUUUGUUAUAGGUUUGUUGAAGUAACUACUUUCUUCUCAGUCUUGCUGAAUAUAACAUAAUUUUCUUGGUGAAGUUACAAUGGCAGGCAAGAAUAAUUGGGGCUUAAACCAGUAAACUUCAGACAGGCAUCUCUUGUUUGCCUUGCAGCUAUACCCAAACAUGGAAAAUGUUUCGGGCAACAACCCUGAAAAAAAUCAAAACCUGUGACUGCUGAUUUCAAACUGUAUCUGCACUUGCUUUUCCUUUGGUCACAUCAGCUGCAAGAAGAGGAAAAAUGCUCAGUUGGUAACAUUGUUCAAACCAUAGCUAAUGCCCAGAAAUCAUUUCUAUGAGAUAACACAAUUGUAGCUUCAUGACUGAUGGAGACCACAUAGAAUGGCAGUGCAGAAUAGUAUUCCCCUUCCUUAAGCAUGUCAUCCAGUGUCAUUUUUCUCUUUUGUGGUCAACAUCCUUGCACUUACGCUUAGGCUGUUCAUCUUAAAUCUUAGAACUUGCAGGGAAUUUGGGUGGCAUGGUAGGCUUUGAAUUGAAUGCAAUAUUUUACAAGAAAACCACAAAAUAAAAUAAUAUUACAGGCAUAAAAUGUUCAAAGCACUCUCAAAUGAAGCUCCACAUGAAACGUCAGAGCAAGACCUAGAAAUGAGGAAAGUUAUUAUAGAUCAACACUUCACUGAAUACAAUUCUGGGAUACAAUUGAAACAAGAAACAAAUCAAAUUUUAUUUCUAAUGGUGAGUAGGCUGGUAGUGCAAGGGAUGCUGGUUCUCCUUUCAGAGACUACACACUAUUGUAUUUACUGUUAUUCAUAUUAAAAAAUUUUUUUUUUUUAUAAUGUUUCUUUAUUAUUAGAAUUAAUAUUAUUAAUAUAUUUUAACAUAUUUUAUAUAUUUUUUGAUGAUUUCAUGUACAGAUUCAUAAAAUAUCUAUACUUUCCACCGAUUGAAUUUCGCAGAAAAUCUGUGACUAAUGCUUACCUUGUUUCCCAUUUAUUUUUUAAACCAGCUAAAGCAGAAACAUGAAUUGUUGAGGGAUCACUGUACAAGUUUCUAGAACUUUACCAUUUGUCUGUUCAUAUUUUUAAGUAGAAUGCAAUAAUUUUAAAAUUAUGUUCCUAUUUCUGUAGUUGUUUUUUUUGUGUGUAUAUACAAUGUAAAUUACAUUUUUUGAUUCUGAUCAGUUUCAAGUUUAUUUUAUAACUUAUUAAAUUUGAAGAUUGUUCAGUAGCCUUGCCAUACAACAAUUUCACUGUUUGUAAUCUGUGAUGCAGAAACUUUUGGACUAGAUAACAUUUAAUUAAACCAAAGUAUUUGACUCUUAAAUCUAACACAACUAAAGCAGACGUAAUCAUUAUGGACACAUUUGAAUUGACAUCAAAAUGUCAAUCUGUUUCAAGUUCCAACAAAGUUUUGUAAUCUAUUUUCUUUCAACAAACACUCAAUGCAGAUGUAAGGAUAAAAGUUUUGUUAGAAAUGAACUUUGGCUGUAUCUACUUCAAUAGCUCCAGUAAGCCACACACAAGAAAAAGCAAUGAACUUAAAACAUCUCAAAGUUAUGAUUACUGGGAUCUUGUAGUUGUCAAAUGGAAGAAGAGGCAAAAAUGUUUGUAAAAUGUUUUACAUGUUUCGGAUGUUCCUUCAGAGUUGAAGAUAAUUACUUCCUAGUCCAAACCUCCCGCAGGACGGCGGGGGAUGGGAGCGGGCAGGGUUUGAACCCGGGAUCAUCGAUAAGUCCGAACGACCAGGCAGCCCAUGUUCCCAAAUAGGGCAAUGUGUAUGAUUCUAUUUACUUGUAUUAAUAUUGUGCGACAUGCAGCACAAAGAAACCAACUACCUGCAAUUUACAGAGUUAGUUUCUCGUAUACUUUUUGGUCUACUGGUCAAUGCGGCUCUACAAGUAAUGGGAGGCAAGAAAGCCACCACCAAAUAAUAGACAAACUUGAUUAGCCAUGGUCAUUUAAUUAGCUACUGUAAGUACAAAAUAAAUUUUAUUUCUCAAAUCUAAUCUAUGAUUCUACCUACAUUUCUAUUCAGAGGGGAGAAAUUCUGAUUUAAAUCAAUUAUUAACACUUAAGAUUGGCAUAAAUAUAUUUUAGUCCAGCUUCUGUUAGAAGUUUCUUCCAUUAUGAUUCCUAUCUUAGAACUUCAAUUUUCACUUGUUUUUGUUAAAUCUGUUGAACUAAAACUAAGCUCAGUGUAAUAUUUGACCUAGAUAUUAGUAAUAUCUUGUACAGUUUGAAAUAGCUGAUUGUUUCUAUUGUUUUUUGUACAUUUGUUUAAUGUCAACAACUGGUCGCUAUGUAAUCAAUAUUAUUAUGAAUAUCAAAGUUUAUUAAUGCUUGAUCAAACCAUUUGCCUUGUAUUGAUAUUGUAUAGUUCAGUCUUAUAAAUCAUUCACUUUAAUUGUACUUUUGACUACUUGUAAUACCAAGAUGGUUAGAUAAGAUAAUAUUUGAAGUAAUUCUCAUAUCUCUGAUAAUAUAGUCUUCAGGUAUUAUGCUAAAUUGUAACAGUACUAUGAUUUUUGAUGCAGCAUUGUAUAAAUGAUAAGACCUUUGACCUUUGCACUAUGCUGUUUAUUCUAAUGACAUGUUAAUGUAUUAUUUUUUUUAUUAUUAUUUUAUUAUUUUAAAAUCUUAGUUGUUGACAUUGGGAACAAUUAUUUAUCUUAGUUUGUUGAGACAAUCUUCAGUUGAAAUAAAACUAUAUUUGCAAAAAAGGAAAUGUAAAUGAAUAAACAGUAGCACCCUC